AUGUACAAAGUACAUAAAAAUGGGUCAUCAUCGCAUUCUAAUGGUGUCAACGGGCAUGCCCACCACCAGGAUGCCAGGUCUCAUAGGAGCUGGGAUGAUGCAAUACCUAUCCCCCGACUCAGCCUUACAUCAGCCUCUGUUGUUGUCUUCAUUCUGGCAGGCGUGUGCUUCGUCAAUAGCUACGACGGAGACUUUGUUUUUGAUGACAGCGAGGCAAUCCUGAACAAUAAAGAUUUACACGGGGAUGUACCUGUUACAGACUUGUUUUUCCAUGACUUUUGGGGCAAGAAACUCACGUCCAAAACCAGCCACAAGUCAUAUAGGCCUCUCACUGUUCUUACUUACAGGUGGAGUCACAGUUUAGCAGGAGGGCUGUUUCCAAAGGGAUUCCACAUAGUCAAUAUUCUCCUACACAGCAUUGUAUCUACACUUAUGUUAUCAGUAUUCUCCAUUGUGUUUUCUGAAUGUACAGUUGCCAAAGAGACAGGAACAUUAGCAUUCGGAAAUCCUCGGGCAUCACUGUUGUGUGCAAUAUUGUUUGCUGUCCAUCCAAUCCACACAGAGUCGGUGGCAGGAGUUGUGGGACGAGCAGAUCUCUUAUGUGCCUUACUCUUCAUUCUAUCCUUCAAAUUCUAUGUCAGGUCAUGUGCGCAAGUGGCUGCAGAGAAUGGAGACAGCGUCCUAUAUCGUCCAACAUCAUUCUCCCUGCCUCCUCUCAUCUGUAGUCUCGUCCUGUGUGGCAUGUCAGUGCUGUGUAAAGAGAUGGGUAUCACUGUUAUUGGUAUCUGUAGUGCCUUCGAUAUCAUUAUGAUAUGUAGGGUAGAUAUCUUGGCAGCCAUUGGUCUGAAAAAGGAACUGGCAAUGCUGAACAAUGGUCACUUAAGUGGUAGUGGUGGAACAACUGGUCAAAAACAGCAGGAUGAUAAACCUUGGAUUAUCUCCCUUGUCAAACGUCAGCUGCUGCUUUUGUGUGGAGGUUUGGUCAUCCUGGUGACUCGGUGGAGAAUCAUGGGGUCAACCACACCCACAUUCCAGGUGUUUGAUAAUCCGCAUUCUUUCGUCAACGGCACUAUUACAAGGGUGCUGAACUACAACUAUCUUUACUCCAUCAACAGUCUUCUAUUGGUCAAUCCAUGGUGGCUUUGUUUUGAUUGGUCGAUGGGAUGUAUACCCGUCAUUGAGUCUCUAAUGGACCCUCGUAUUCUAGCAGUUUUUGCGUUCUGGUUGGUGCUAGGAGGACUGAUCUUUGCAGCAUUAAAUGGUGCCAUUGACCAUGAAAAACGCUGUUUGUCUAUGGGUCUGGCUCUGAUUGUGGUCCCGUUCUUACCUGCCACAAAUCUUCUGUUCCGUGUUGGGUUUGUGAUUGCCGAGCGUGUACUCUACCUAUCUACAGCUGGCUACUGUGUGGUCAUUGUACUCGGCGUACAGAGACUUGUGUCCACUCAAUCAUUUCCUCAGGUUGUGAGAUACAUGUUAGUUUUUGUGGUGACAAUUUUUACCUUACGCUGCGCCCAGCGAAGCUAUGAAUGGAGAAAGGAGAUGUCACUAUUUAAAGCUGGAGUCAGUGUCUGUCCUCUUAAUGCCAAGGUGCACUAUAACAUAGCGAAGCUUAAUGGAGACAGCGGAAAUGUGGAAUAUGCCAUAGAAAAAUAUAAAGAUGCCAUCAGUUUGAAUCAUGAGUAUGACCAGGCUAUGAACAAUUUGGCAAAUAUACUGAAGGAUCAAGGAGAGCUACAUGAAGCUGAAGAGCUCCUACUGAAGGCUGUCAGCAUAAGGGAUGAGUUUGCAGCUGCAUGGAUGAAUUUGGGUAUUGUCCAGGCUAAUCUGAAAAAGAAUGAUUUGGCCGAGAGGAGCUACUUCAGGGCGCUUCUACAUCGACGGAAAUACCCUGACUGUUACUAUAAUCUUGGCAACCUGUACCUGGAUCAGAAGAGGCACAAGGAGGCCCUUCAGGCUUGGAGGAAUGCUACAUUACAGAAACCUACUCACUUCAAUGCAUGGAACAAUAUGGUGAUACUGCUAGAUAACCUUAAUCAAGUGGACAAGGCAGAGGCUCUAGCAAAAGAAGCACUUAAAUACAUUGGUCAAGAUCCACAGAUGUACAUCAACCUGGCCAAUGUCAUGGGAAAGGCAGACCGAUACAAAGAGAGUGAGCAGUACUUUCUACGGGCAAUCAAAAUUGAACCAAAUCUGGCGAAGGCUCACGCUAACCUUGGUGUGUUGUACCACCGAUGGGACAAGCAUGACUUAGCAGAGAAGUAUUAUAAGUAUGCCCUAAAGCUGGAGCCAGACUCUUUAAACACAAAGGAAAACCUCAAGAUGUUGUACAGGAAGAUGGGUAAGGCUAACCGCUAGAUAAAUUGAAUAUUGAACCUUUGAGAUGUUAAGAGUUAUCUCCCUGUAAUGACAAUGUGUAUAUAUUAAAUAUCACAUUACAAAGGAAAAAAUGUAGUUUAAAAAUUCUCAAAAUCAAAUAAGUGAUUAUCAAGUCAUCAAACGUGUGCAAUGGAAAAUGGUUAUACACUAGGUAAAACCCAGAGGUAGUUAUAUAGCCAUGUAGGAAACAGGCUUGUGUUGCAUAUUCUACUGUCUUGUCAUUUUGCUUUGUCUGCUACAUUAUCUUUUGGUAAGCUUUGUGUCGAUAGAACUAAUGUAAGUUAGUAUUGAGUUUAGGAAAAACAAGGGAGGUAAUCAUAGUUUUUAAUGUAAUAAAGCAUUGGCUUCAGUUAUUUUCAUGCUGAAUUUUUUCCUCAAGUUUGAGUUUAACAGCUACUAAGUUAAUGAGGCAGUUUGUUAUACAGAAACUACGCAUUUUAGUAAGGUAUUGUAUUUGCAUUUUCUUAUUACUGGUUUAUAAUUUCAACCAUAAAUUCUACUGAUUUUCUCAUUGCUGUCUCCAAACAAAAGGUUAGUGAGUGUGUUGAAGUAGAUUACAGAUGUGAUGACACCUGACCAAUGUUUUCAUUAAUAAUCACAUUUGUCAUUUCAUGUUAAAUAACUUACAUUGAUCAUAUCACUUGUGAACUUGUAAACAAAACUAAAUUUAUUGAAUCGUUAAAACUUUCUGUUACAGCUGUGUA